UCUUUACCAAGUUUUAUUUAUUUUUCAUUAUCAACAAUAUAAAGAUUAUGAAUUUUUUCUUCAGCACAUUUUUUGGACACAAUAAAAUUGUGAAGACAAAAAUGAGCAAAAUCUUUAUGUUUUUCUUCUUCUUUUUCUCAUUUCUUGUUCUUGAAAGUUUGGCUAUAGAGAGAGUUUCUAUAGUUGAAUCAAUUAUUAUGAGUGAAGAUAUGAUAAAAAUGGCUGGUUAUGGAGAAGAAAAGCUUUCAACUGUUUUUAUUCAUGGAAAAGUUGUUUGUGAUAAUAAUUCUGGCUGUAAUAAUAAUAAUAUCAAGGAUGAGAUUUCAGAACUUGGUCCUCGACCUAUCCCAGGUGCAUCAGUGGCUGUGUUCUGUGGAUCUAGUGGAAAGGCAAGAAGAUCAUGGGCAAGAAACACUACAGAUGAAGAUGGAGAAUUCCUUAUUGAUCUUCCUUCUCAUCUUCAUGCUAUUCCAAACUUGGAAAAAACAUGUCUAGUUAAAGUACUACAUCUGCCAAGAAACACCAUUUGUGGACAUGCUUUUAGAGGAAAACACAAAGGACUCGAGCUUACUUCUAUCGGUGAUGGCAUCCGUACUUACACGACAGAUACAAUUCAUCUGACCCCUAAAGUUUCACAAAGGUGCAGAAAGAGAGUUGACAAAAAGCAACAAGAAACUGUAAGCAUCAUUUAGGGCAAAAAAUGAGCAUGUCCAACAACUCAUUCUGUUGGCGCUUCAGUCACAAAUAUUGGGUUGUUGGAUUUAGCUCGGAACAUGCUGGUAUUAGCCCGCAGUUUGUCUUGUGAUUCCUCCCACGACAAGAUUAUGUAUGUGUGUGAGUGAGAGAAAUAUAUAGAUACAAGUUUCUUGAGAGAGAGAGAGAGAGAUGUAAAUACAAGUUUCUUGUAUGAACGAUGUGUAACAGGUACAUGUAUUUCCACUCAGAAUAUGAGUAGCCUUUCAUAUAGUCA